AUGACAUUUUUUGUUUAUUCACAGAUGAGGGGACGUGGAAGGGUUAGCAAGGCCAGAGGACGGGUUCAACUUCCUGCAAGUGCAAGUCAAGAGGAUGCAAAUACAGAUGACGGACAUGAGCAUGAGGCGCAUAUACCACGGGCACCGACGGGACUUGGGGAUACGGAACUUCAGAUAUGGGUUCCACUUGCAUCCAGUGUACAGCCAUCUCAUAUAGAUCGAUCAUAUACACCAGUUGCACCAUCUGCCGAUGCACAGCUUCCCCGUCCCCUUCCACCACCUCACCGUCACAGUUUACAUCCUCACCACCCUCCUGCAGCUCCACGACCACCGGUAUCACAUACACAUUCACCUCAUUCUGCAUCCCCUUCUGGUACUGCAUCCGCUAGAGGGACAGGAUCUGCAUCAGCAUCUACUCCAUCAUCUGCUCCUGCAUCAGCUGCAUCGACCACUGCUGUAGGCGGAACACAGUCAUUCAGACAGACUAUUUCACUCAUUAACAACAAUUUGCAUCCGUCGGAGAUGUGCAGCCGCAGGAUAACUCUGAUAGUGAAAGAAAGAUUGGUCGAGGAAGGCCACUGUUGGAAGACUGUGCCCAAUGAAACCAAGGAGUUUUAUUGGCAGGAAUUCAAGAAAUACUUUCUAUGGGACCAAGCAAUUGAGAGCUUGGUAAAAAUUGCCUGGCAGAAAAAAGCCGCUGAGCGAUACAGGGGCUUAAUGUGGGAAAUCCGGAAAGGAAAGGCGAAGAAUCUUGCAACCCCUGAUUAUGUUUUGAGGAAGUGGCAGGAAACUUGGAACACUUCUGAAUACAAAGAGAAGUGUGAGAAGUUUUCUGCCAAUAGGCGCAGUGAGGCUGGAGGUUCAGGAUCUGGCAUUUCCAGGCACGCAUGCGGUUCUGUUUCACAGUACACCCACCAGCGGAGGAUGAGGGAAAGACUAGGCAGAGAACCACAUCCGCAUGAGCUUUUUGAGGCCACACAUAAGAGAAAGGGGACGGAGGAGUUUGUUGAUGCCAGAUCAAAAGCUAUUUAUGAUAAAUACGUAGAGCUGAAGGAGGCUGCUACACAUCAACAGGAGGGAAGCAAUGAACCAACGCCCAUAAAUGAGGCCCAACUGUACUACGAAGCGGUUGGUGGACAGAAAAAGAGUCGAGUUUAUGGGUUAGGGUCCCAGGCCUCAGCAUAUUUUCAUGAGCCAGCUCAUUGUUCUGCAUCAUACACGUCUGCACCCCCAGUGGAUCCUCCUACAAUUGAAACAAUGAACAGGAUGCAGAAUAAAAUUGAUCGGCUAGAGACAGAGAAUAGUCGAAUCACCACAAGACUGGACGAGUUGCAGACGUUUAUGCAUAGGAUGAUGGCACAACAGAGUAUUGGGACAUCCACUCAGACAUCUGGUCCUACGCCACCUCCAGCUCCGUCUCCACAGCAGCGGCGUGAUGAUGCUCCUGUCAUUGGUGAUCAUCAUACAGAUAGUGAUGAUGAUACAGAUGAUGAGCUAGCUAGUUUAGUUUAG